AGAAAAGACAUCCACAAUGUUGCUGUUUGUUGGAAUAAUUCUAAUUGCACUUUUCUCAAGAGCUGAAAAGCCCAUUUGUCUUCCAUAUGGAACACAAGAAGUUCCCCAGUUUUCAAAGGAUGGAGACAUUACAAUAGGAGCUAUUCUGUCAAUUUAUAAAGAUUUCAUUGUUGUAAAUCCAUCCUUCAAAGUAGACCCAGGACAUGCCAAAUGUGAAAGUCUGAACCCAAGAGUAUUACAGAUUGCUCAAACUAUGAUCUUUGCUGCUGAAGAAAUAAAUAAUAGUUCAGAGAUUCUUCCUGAUGUUUCCCUGGGCUAUAAAAUAUAUGAUUCCUGCCGCUCUUUAACUCUGUCUAUAAAAAUAGCACUGGAAUUACUCAAUGGGCAUGAAAAAGGAUUUCUUUAUGACCAGUCCUGCAACAAAUCAUCUUCAGUCCACGCCAUAAUAGGACAGUCCAGCUCCACACUAGCAAUAGGCAUUGCAGCAACUGUUGGACGAUUUCACGUACCAGUGCUAAGUCAUUUUGCAACCUGUGCCUGUCUCAGUAACAGAAAAGAGUUCCCCAGCUUCUUCAGGACAAUUCCAAGCGAUUAUUAUCAAAGCAGAGCCCUGGCAAAGCUUGUGAAGCACUUUGGAUGGACCUGGGUUGGGGCCAUUAGAAGUUACAAUGAUUAUGGCAACAGUGGGAUGGCUACCUUUGUACAAGCUGCCCAGCAGGAGGGGAUCUGUAUAGAAUAUUCAGAGGCCAUUUAUAGAACUCAACCAAAGGAGAAAUUGCUAAAAGUCGUAAAUAUUGUUAAAAAAUCAACCGCAAAGGUUGUUGUGGCUUUUACAGCUGAUGCAGAUCUAGAUAUCCUGGUAAAGGAACUUUUAAUUCAGAAUGUCACAGGCCUCCAGUGGGUGGGCAGUGAGGCGUGGAUUGCAGAGAGAUACCUUGCAUCUAACGGAGGACAGAAAGUCCUAGCGGGAGUGAUUGGCUUUGCAAUUCCAAAUACUGAAAUUCCCGGGCUGAAAGAAUUUAUUCUAAAAGCUCGUCCUUCAAAUGCACCUGGAAACAGUGGUUUAAAAGAAUUUUGGGAAACCACUUUCAGUUGUAACCUAACAUCCCAGACAAAUUAUAGUGUUAAUUUAUGCACAGGAACUGAGUCUUUGGAAGGAAUAAGUAAUCAGUACACUGAGAUUUCAGACAUGGGGAUACUGAAUAACAUCUACAAUGCAGUAUAUGCCUUUGCUUACUCAUUGCAUAACCUCUAUGCAUGUAAAAAUGGAGAAGGGCCUUUUGAAAAUCAAACCUGCGCAAACAAAACUAAACUAGAACCGUGGCAGGUGUUACAUUAUAUGUCAAGAGUUAACUUCACAAACAGAAAUGGGGAGCAUAUCUAUUUUGAUGAAAAUGGGGAUCCAGUAGCCAGAUAUGCCAUAAUAAACUGGCAGUAUAACAAGGAAGGUAUCACAACAUUUAAAAUAAUUGGUAAAUAUGAUGCCUCUUUACCAGAAGGAGGGCAAUUUGAAAUCAACAAUGCAAAGGUUGUAUGGCCAGGUGAUGAUAAUAAGGUACCAAGAUCGGUCUGCAGUGAGAGCUGCCUUCCUGGGACUCGUAAAGCCAUUGAGAAAGGGAAGCCAGUCUGCUGCUUCGUCUGCAUCCCCUGUGCAGAAGGAGAGUUCAGCAACACUACAGAUUCAAUUGAGUGUUCUACAUGCCCUUUGGAAUACAAAUCAAAUGAACAGCGAAAUCAGUGUAUCUUAAAAAAUAUUGAAUAUUUAUCUUAUGGAGAAUUAAUGGGAAUAAUUCUAGUUACAUUUUCUGUAUUUGGAGCCUGUCUGACCAUAAUUAUAGCAAAUAUAUUUUUCAAAUACAGAUCUACUCCAAUUGUAAGAGCCAAUAACUCUGAACUGAGUUUCCUUCUGCUCUUUUCAUUGACUCUGUGUUUCCUCUGUUCACUUACUUUCAUUGGCCAGCCCUCUGACUGGUCCUGUAUGUUGCGCCACACAGCAUUUGGGAUCACAUUUGUCCUGUGCAUCUCUUGUGUUCUGGGGAAAACAAUAGUGGUGUUAAUGGCCUUUAGGGCUACACUGCCAGGCAAUAACAUUAUGAAAUGGUUUGGGCCCACACAGCAGCGGUUAAGUGUUCUUUUUUUCACGCUCAUACAAAUUUUGAUUUGUGUUCUUUGGUUGAUAAUGUCUCCUCCUUUUCCUAACAUGAACAUGAAAUACUAUGCAGAAAGAAUCAUUCUGGAGUGUGAUCUGGGAUCUGCAGGUGCAUUCUGGGCUGUGUUAGGAUAUAUAGGGUUCCUCUCUGCAAUAUGCUUUGUGCUCGCCUUCUUCGCUAGAAAACUACCUGAUAACUUCAAUGAAGCCAAAUUCAUUACAUUCAGCAUGCUCAUAUUCUGUGCUGUCUGGAUCACCUUUAUCCCAGCGUACAUCAGCUCCCCUGGAAAGUUUACAGUGGCUGUGGAGAUAUUUGCCAUUUUAGCUUCAAGCUUUGGGUUACUUUUCUGUAUUUUUAUGCCAAAGUGUUAUGUUAUUUUAUUAAAGCCAGAGAGAAACACUAAAAAAUAUUUGAUGAGUAAAAUGCCCUCAAAAUCACUGUAAGUCUGAGUUGAAUAUUAAACUUCCAACAUUUAAAUAGUUUAAGUUACUUUAUAUCACUUUUAAUUAAAAAAUAAAAUGUAAUAGCAGUAAGUAUUGUUUUUUAUUAAAAAUAACUUCCUCCAAUGUCUAUUUGUUUAGUGGAUAUUUUCCCUAUUUAAUGUUUUAGUUGUUCUCUAAAUAAUCAUAACAUAAAUAUAUUCAGAAUAUCAUCAGAAUAUGUGCCUGGAACAGUGUUCUCUUACUUGUGACCAUUUUGUCUGAGAAGGAAAAUAGUCAAAUUAACCAUUCUUUGACUUCUUAUCACAUAAUAAUAAAAAUAAAAGAACAUGUCAGAUUUUUCAAAAAG